GCAGAAUUGUCCGACCACUGAGAAAGGCGAUUGAGCAGACGAGCACCCAACAGCUCACAGAGCAUCAUCCCAUCGCCACAGCUCCUCUAUCGCUUCCCCAUCAUUCAGACUGACUAUAUGCAUCUGCAAUCAUGAAGUUCUUCGAGAACGUAUUUACUUACGAUUACUCCUUCCCUGCUGUCUCUCUAGCCUACUUCCUCCGCUAUCCCAACCCGUAUUCUCGCCAUGUCCUAACGACUGAUGUUAUCGAUCGCUACGUCGAUCCCAAGACACAGCGUCUUCAUACAAUUCGCCUUCAUCUAAAAAAAUCAAAAGUCCCCGCUGGCAUACUCAAAUUGCUCCCCAAGGGCAUUGGAGGAUCCGACAAUUCCGGUCAAAGCUACAUUCUCGAGACCACGGUCGUCGACCCCAAGGAAGGCUGGAUGGAAAGUGAAUCACGUAACAUGGAAUGGACUGGUAUCCUCAGUGUCGUUGAGAAGCAGGUUUACCAGCGUCAGCCAAUUGAAGGGGCUCUUGAUAGUCUCGAGGGGCUUGCCCUUGACGACAAGAGAGGCGAGCAGACGACCGUGAAGACGACCGUCACGUUCCGUUCUCGGUUCGGACAAGGAAAGCUGCUUGGAAGAAAAAAGGUAGAUCCAAUUGGUGACCACAAUGGCGAGGUUGAAGAAGAUGCACCAAAGAGGGGGUUUUUCUCCUCUCUAUCAACCGCUGGUAUUCAGCGGACAAUCGAACUCAUUGGGGUGAAGCGGACCCGGGAUGCCGUGCUUAAGAGCAAACAAGGCAUGAACGUUGUCUUAGAACGUUUGCGUAGUGGCGGAAUAGUCGGCGUCCUCGAGGGGAUGCGCCAGGAUCGAGAGGCAGCCUUUGGACCUGAAGGCCCUUGGAAGCGUGUCUGGGCAAGGGGUCAUGCACAUAUCGAAGACGAUGACAACUAGUCUUUGUUGAAUAUUCAGGGAGCGGCGAACAAUUUGGGGAAACAUAUGCAGCAUUCAAGCAUGGAGUUUUGGCGUUUGGGACUUUUCUGACUGACACUCUCCUACCAUUUCGAUCUUGCAUUCGACUCACAUACUUUUUUUUUCUUGUCAGCAUUAUUAUCACACUACAAGCGUAUUUGCCGGUCAUGCAUUCCACGAAGAUGUUUCACGAAACAAAAUGUCGGUUGUAUAUUAGGAAAAGGGCAAGAGGCCGAUCGGUGAUUUCACUCAUUUGGUGGACACCUACUGUACUAUACUAUGUAUGAAUCUUUAUUUACCUUGACAA